AUGACCAUCCAGGAAAAGAGGCCACCCCAAGAUGACUCGUUUGAUACAGACUCAAAGAAGCAAAACACACAAGCAUACGUGAAAGGUAUCGCUGCUAUAAAACCCGAAUUCAUUGUAUCCAAACCAUCACUAGCCACAAAUGUUGUGGAAUACGACGAUGACGAGGCUGAAGGAGGGGACAGGACGUCCGAGGAUGCAAGAGAUGGCCAGCAGCAUAAAAAGGGCAAGAAAAAAAGAGGCCAGAAUCAUGGUCGUGAUUUAAAACAAAAGAAAGACACAAUAAAGUUAUGUCCAUCGGUUAUAGAUCCUGAUGAUACAAAGUCGUGCUUUUUGGGUGAAGAUAAAUGCAAAUUUUCUCAUGAUUUGGAAGCUUAUUUUGUCUCAAAGCCAGAGGAUAUUGACGGAGUUUGCCCGGUUUUUGAUGCUUUGGGCUACUGUCCUGCUGGUAUAAAGUGUAGGUGGUUGAAGUCUCAUUAUGACAAAGAAACAAAUAAAUUGAUCAAAGAUUUAGCAAAGAUUGAACUUGCAAGCAAGACUAAUUACGAAGUAAACGUUAUUGACAAAGAAGCCAAGUUUGCCUUGCAAAAGAAAAAAUAUGAAUUCCGUAUUGCAAAGCCGGUAAUUGAUUUUUUGGAUACUAAAAUUCAAAAUGGUUCUAUCGAAGAGCGUAAGGAAAAUGAGGCCAGCUACGUUGAGCCACCAUUCAAGGUUUCAGAAAAGAAGAAAAUUAACUUGCACAGGGCAAAGAUCGUGUCACCUUUAACUACAGUGGGUAAUUUGCCGUACCGUCGUCUUAUGAAGACUUUAGGUGCGGAUGUCACUUACUCGGAGAUGGCAUUAUCGAUUCCAUUGGUCCAGGGCCACAAUCCAGAGUGGGCGUUACCAAAAGCUCAUGUGAGUGAAUACCCCGGAUUUGGUGUUCAAAUAGCCAGUUCCAAACUAUGGUCCGCUGCAAAAGCCAGUGAAGCUAUCUAUGAAAACACCAACCAUGUCAGUGAAUUGAACUUGAACUGUGGUUGUCCAAUUGAUUUAUUGUACCGACAGGGCCAAGGAUCAGCAUUGUUGGAUCAACCACCAAGAUUGCUUAGGCUCGUGAAAGCGAUGAACGCAUCAUCGGGCGAUAUUCCCGUAACAAUCAAGAUCAGGACGGGAGUAAAGGAGAAUAAAAACACUGCAAAACAAUUAGUCGACAGGGUGUUGUCUGAAACUCAAGUCGCUGCAAUCACCCUUCACGGGAGGUCCAGACAGCAAAGGUAUUCCAAGGAGGCUGAUUGGGAGUAUAUUCUGGAGGUUGGAAAAGUUGUAAAAGAUUGGAAUGCCAAAAGAGAAGAGGACAAAGAGUCAUCUGACUUGGCACCGACUUGGUUUGUAGGUAAUGGUGAUGUCUACUCGCACGAAGACUGGUAUAAUCACGUGGAUACCGAAGGUAUUGAUUCUGUAAUGGUUGCCAGGGGUGCAUUGAUCAAGCCAUGGAUAUUUGAGGAAGUUGAAGCGCAACAAUACUUGGACAAGUCGUCCUCUGAAAGGUUGGAUAUGUUAGGCAAAUUUGCCAAAUUUGCUAUUGAGCACUGGGGCUCUGAUGAAUACGGUGUCAACAUUGCUAGAAGAUUCAUGUGCGAGUUUAUAAGUUUCACACACAGAUAUAUUCCUGUGGGGAUAAUGGAAAGAUUACCACCCAAAUUGAACGAGAGACCGCCUACAUGGGUGGGUAGAAAUGAAAUGGAGACUUUCCUUGCCUCCACUGAUUACAGGGAUUGGAUUAAACUCACAGAGAUGUUUUUGGGUAAAGCUAGCGACGAUUUUCAAUUCGUACCUAAACACAAAAGUAACGCCUAUGAAACCAAAGACUGA